CAAAUGAGACUACAACACGUGUGAAACCUAUUCAAAGACGACACAUGUCUUUUACUUAUUUUUAUGGAAAAGCCUAUCACAAACUAUACAAUUACGAGUGUUUAUUGGUUGAUUGAAUCAAAAAGGCCCUCUGAAAAUACAUAUUAAAAGAAUGUUUGAUAUGUUAACUAAUCUUACUUUGAAAUAAAAUCUUUUUAAUUUCAAUCGAAUCCUACUAAUGGCGUAUUGUACUAUGUUGAUGUGGAAUACUUACCUAAUAAAAUUAAAGAAAAUGUUACUAUCUUAUAGAAAUAUGGGUACACUAAGUUGAUUCCGUUUCCUAUUUGUGCUGAAUUUGAUAUAUGUUUUAUUGCACUCUUAUAAUUCUUAUAUGAAAUAUACAAUUAUGAAAAUUAUCAUUCGUUACACGCAUGUUUAGAUAAAUACCAUUAAAUUUAUCCUAUUACAUUGGAGUUUAGUUAAACUAAUUUUGAAAUAUAGUAACAAAGUUGUCAUAUCACUGAAAAUUGCUAAUUAUAAUAUUUUUCAAUGUGUGUAAAUUUUAUUUAUUUAUCUCAAGAACGUUUUUUUUUUUUGUCAACCUCUCAAGAACGUUUAGUAGUAGUAUUUUCGAAGGGAAGCCUAAUUAGUAGCUAGCUUUACGUGAUCAAGCAAAUACAAAAAUAAAAAGUUACAAAAACUCGUAGAUCUUGACAUUAAUAUAUACUCAUAGACAGACAAUCACAGCUCAACAGCUUUUUAACUCACCUCUCACUCUCAGAUCAUUCCUGUUUCAUAUACAUCUUUCUCUUUCUCUCUCUCUCUUCCCUUUUCAGCUUGAGAGUUUGGGAGAAAGAAGAAGGUUGGGUUUUGUUCACUUUAUCAGCUUCAAGUUUCUGAACCCACCUGAGUUUCUCUCCAUUGCUCUCAUAUCAAAGUCUCUCUCUUUGAGUUUUACAAUUGAUAUUAAAGAGAGGCACAAGAUCGAAAAACUAGAAGAUGAACAUAGGAAUCGAAGUCAUGUCACCAGCAACAUACUUAGAGACAUCACCAAACUGGUUGUUCCAAGAGAACAGAGAAACUAAAUGGACAGCUGAAGAAAACAAGAAGUUCGAAAACGCUUUAGCCUUUUACGACAAGGACACUCCCGACAGAUGGUUCAAAGUCGCAGCUAUGCUCCCCGGCAAAACAGUCGGAGAUGUGAUCAAACAGUACAGAGAGCUUGAGGAAGACGUCAGCGACAUCGAAGCUGGUCUUAUCCCGAUCCCUGGCUACGCCUCUGAUUCAUUCACGCUCGACUGGGGAGGAUACGAUGCUGGUAACAUGAACGGAUAUUACUUCGCCGCCGUGGGAGGAAAGAGAGGAUCCGCCGCGAGAGCAGCGGAGCAUGAAAGGAAGAAAGGUGUUCCAUGGACAGAAGAAGAACACAGACAGUUUCUGAUGGGUCUGAAAAAAUAUGGAAAAGGCGACUGGAGAAACAUAGCUCGCAACUUCGUGACCACACGGACGCCUACGCAAGUCGCGAGUCACGCUCAAAAGUAUUUCAUAAGGCAAGUCAACGGCGGUAAAGACAAACGCCGAUCAAGCAUCCAUGAUAUCACCACCGUCAACAUCCCCGAUUCUUUUGAUGCCGCAGCGGCUGAUACCGCAAUCACAAACGCUCCAUGCUCACCACCGUCACUAGGAGGAAGCCAGCGGGAGGGGUCGGGUCAGUGGGACGGUCAAACUAUAAACGAUGAAACAGCGGGUACGUUUUACAAUCCAAACGCGUUUCAAGAAACGCUACUUGGAAUGUCGUCAACGCCGUACAUGGCAAAACUGCAGGAGCAGAGUUUCCUAAAUGCAUCGCAAUUCGAAUCGUAUAAUGCCUAUCUCCAAAUGUAGCACAAGAUGAAGAUCUGGAGUUACGAGUUGUUAAUUAUUUAAUAAAAUUUUACUCUUUUGUUUUUAUUUAUCCGCGUGCAUAUACAAAAAGAGAAAUAGCUGCUACUUUUUAAGAGAUAUUUAUUCGUUUUUAUCCUGUGUUUUUGUGGUUGAUUUUAAUGAGUUUUCAGCAAAUUAAUUAUUUUAAUUGUCGAGUAUUUAAGUUUGUUGUUAUGUUUGUGUGAUUUGAAACCCUUUUGAGCUCAAAUUACUUGUUAUAGUUUAUGUUGUAUAAGUUGUGUCAUGUAGGCUUUUAUUACAAUUUUUUUCCUUAUU